CUGCUCUAGGAGAAUGCAGAACCCCUGACCUCUGUCUGGACAGUGCUAAUUGGCCCUGUGCUGAUCACAUGCACUCUCCCAAGAAAAAAAAAAAACCACUCUAGCAAUACAUACCAGCUGAGCAUGUGCAUUGUGUCUCCACACAAUAUGUCUUAUCAGAAGAAGGGGAGGAUCAGAGAAGUCAGGAUAAAACAGGGUUUUUACGCACUGCAGAGGAUUAAUCCCUUAGGCUCCACAGUGAGUAUAACUAGAAGGCUUUACUGUAUAUACAGACUGAUUUUACUGUUGUGGGUUUAG